AAGCUGUAAUUGUAUGCGAUGUAUAUUUCAGUAGGAAGCAUUGCUGUGUCUCUGAUCUCUGUAAUUCCGAUUACUAAAUUAUGAUCUUUCGCCCUUUAAAUAACUUAGAAAAAAGUUAAUGUUAUUUUAAAUUAUUUUUUUCUUUCUGGUUAAAUACUAAUUAAUUCUUUGUUUAAAUUUAUUUGACAUGCCAAAAAAUUAGUGCAAGUAUUUAUAAGUAAAAAAAAAAAAAAAAUGAGUUUAUUACAUUUACCAGAUGAUGUAUUGGAGAAGAUCUUAUCUUAUAUAAGUUAUGAUGAAGUUAGUCGUUGUAGAUUGGUUUGUCGUAGGAUUAAUUAUGUGUCUAAACGAGUUUUAAAUCGAGGAUUCCAUAAAGUAGAAAGAUAUCAUGCUCAGUGUCUCAGACAAGUUAAAUCGCAACUGCCUCGUCGAGAAUCAGAGCGCAGGAAACAUCCAUUGGCUAGACACUGUGACAUCUUAACUGCUGUAGAGACUCGGCUCUCUCUUUUAGGGAUGACAUUUAUGAAAUUCAUUGAGAUGAAUCUUUGUUGCUUCAUUCCUGGGAAGGUUCUAGAUGAAAUUUAUAAAGUUCUGAGAUAUGUUACUAAUGAACAAAGCCCAGUUCGAGCUCAUGAAGUUUUACAAGAAUUGAGAGAUUUAUCUUCUAUGGCAAUGGAACAUUUUGAUGAAAAAAUUUCUCCAGCUUUCCGAAAACGAAAAGACCCUGGUCCUAAAAUUGUCACUGGAAUAAGCAUAUUUGCUCCCUCUCUAAGCCAUCAUUCUAAAUUAACCAGUCGUCAUAGUAGUAAUGAUCAUAAAAGUAGUCACAAGUGGAAAGAAGAAGUCAAAAGUAUGGCUCAGAAACAACUUGCAAGUAGGAAAGAAAUACAGUUUUUGAAACAAAGAAUUGGGGAAAUGAAUAAAAGCCAUUCUGAAUUAGAGAAAAAAGUAUUUGAGUUGCAAAAUUUGUUAGCUACUCAUACUGAAAAGCUCAAAGAACAAGAUCUUAAAUUAGGAGUUGUCCACCACUUGGUUGAAAUAAAGACAGGCGUAUCUCCCACUAUGGAUGUUUUACCUCCGACAGUAACUUCAGAUGACACUACUACCGUCACAGUUACCGAAGUAAAAGCAAAUUUGCAACCUUCAAUAAAGAAACGUCGUCAAGUGCGUCGAAUUAAUGACAGAUGCAGAAAAAGAUUAAAAAAGAACUAAUAUGUAUACUCCAUUGAAAUAAAUUGAUCUGUAACUGUUGUUUACUUGAUAUCAAUUAAUGUGGAACAAUUGUUUAAAUACUUGCUCAUGGAUGAGCAGUUUUUGCAUGUAAUUAACAUUGAUUUGAAUCUUGUAAAUAUCAUUUCUAUGUGUAAUAACUAUAUUUUCAUUUUUUUUAAUAAAAGAAUGAUUUAUUUUGGAGGAAGCAUUUACUUUUGUACAAUAUAAAUAUUUUCAUUUAGCUUAGGAGGAUGCACUAUUCCAUUUCUUUGGCUUAUUUCCUUUUUCAUUACUUAUUUGAAAAAGUAUAUUCCAUUGUUUAUAGAAGUUUUGUUUGUAGAAUGCAUAUUCAAAAGGCUUUAAAUUUUAUUGAUAGCUUUUAAAUUCUUUAUUUGAAAUUGAAUUAUAUGUAGAUAUAUAUUGACUUCUUUUUGUGUGAAUUCUAUGAAAAAUCAUGUAUAUUUUUCACAAAUUCAAAAACACUUUUCUUCAACUGCUUUUGUAAAUUUAUUAUUGCAUUUUUAUGCAAGUGAUGUUUUAAUCUGCAUACUCAGUUUUAAUGAAAUACUACCUGAUACAUAUGAACAUGUAUUCAAAAGCAAUUAAAUCUUUUACAAAAUUUUCAAUGAUUUAUGUUUAGAAAAUUAUUGAAGUUUGCAUGCUAAAUUUUUCAUUUAUUGAAUUGUAUUGAGAAAUAUAGUAAAUAUAAAGUUUUCAACUUUUGAAAAAGCUUAGAAAAUAAGUAAAUUAUUUUGGUUCAUUAUUCUAACAAGUGCUUACAAGAGAGGGAGAGGAACUGUUUAAAUAAUUUUUUCGCAUAUUUUCAUUUAUUAAAUCUUGUGUAUUUGAAAGUUGCUUUCUUGUGAUAUUUUAACUUUUUAACACAUAACUAAAUUAAAUAAAAAAAUACAGUUAAAUUGCAUUUUAAAAUGCUUAUUUCUACAUUGUAAAAUUGGCAGUUAACAAAUAAUUUCUAGUCAUUAGUCAUCAUUCUUAUAUAUCUAUGAAACUGUUAUUAUUAAAAUGUUGGAAUAAUUUUGUAUGUUUACAUGAAUAAUGUACUUAUUCUCUUAUAAUUAUUUCAUAUUUUUGAAAUUAAUUGGUUCAUUGCUAAUUAUAUGACAUGUGAUUGAUGUUUGUAGUUUUAUGAUUUUUUAUGAUAUGCAUAAUUAUUUCUGACUUAAUUGAUUUGUCCCCAAUUAUAGAACUGGUGAAUUGUUUUUGAAUUGAGGGAGGAUGGAGUGAGAAAAUACCAUUGUUUUGAAUGCUUCAGAACAUAUUUUAUUGAAAUUUUUUCAUGUACUUGAUGCAGAUGGCAUUCAUAUAAAUGGAAUUAGACAUUUUAUUUGCCUUAUUCUGGCAAAAAUGUUUCUUUAAAAUCUUUUAACUUAGUUUAUAAAUCAGCAGCUCAUUAACAACUCAGAUAUUACAUAUAUCUAAGGAACAGUAUAAAAACAUAUUUUUUUAUUUUUAUUUUCAUAUUUCAUCUUUGCACAUCUUCUAAAACACGUAAGUAAUGUAUUAAUAAUAGUUAUUCUUACACGGCUUGCUAUAGAUUUUUUUCAUAUUUUUUUAAUAUAAUUUAGUUUUGCACAACAUAUAGAUAUAUGGUUAAUAUGUGAACCCUUUAAAAAUAUCAAUAUUUGGUAGAUGUAAUAAGCUAAAAUUAUCAUUUCUAAGAUAGUUUUACCCUUUUAUUGUAUUUAAUUUUUUUAAAUGCAAUUGUCAUUUUUUAUGUUGGAUAAUUAUUCUUUAAUUUGAUGUUUAUUCAAAGUGCUUAAGGAAUGUUUGUAUUGUUAACUAAAGAGCAAUUUUUAAAAAAAACUUUUUAUUUUCUUUCACAAAAGCUGCAGCAUUCAUUAAAAUACCCCCCGUCCCUUUUCUUUUGAUUUUAAAAUUGCUUUGCUCUUGAAGCUAGUUGGUUGGAGUUUUAUGGUAAAAUUCAAUUUUUACUUAUAUUGCUUUGUUGGAGUGGUUAUUCUCACUUGCAAUCUUAUUUGCAAUAUUUAUAUAUUAUUUUUUACACUUAAAUUUAGGAGUGCGAUUAUAAAAAAAAUUUUAUGUGGUUGGUUCAUUUUUUUUUCUUUGUUUGCAUGACAUCAGCCUAAUUGUAACAUUAUAUACUUUCAUUCGAAUGGAUAUUAUUUUGAAUUUAUCUUAUUUGUGUAUAUGCUUCUUAUUAUGUUAGUAUUAUUAAUAAUCAGUCUGUUUGAAUACUAAUUUAUGAACUAUUUACAAAAUUUGGAAUCAGAUACCAAAUCUGUCUGAUGAAAUCACUUGGAAAAUGAUGAUGAAAUAAUUGGAGAUGGUAAAAAAUUAUGAUGGAAUAGACUGGAGUACUCUUAAAAGAAUAUCACUCUUUAAAACGUAUCUGAGUACUUGUAACAAAUAAUAUUUAAAUGCAUAACAGAUAUUCAAAAGAUACAAUUUAUAUCAUUUUCUUCAUUUAUUCCAGAAAUAGAAUAAAAUCUGUAAAGUAUGCACUCUUCUGGAAGUUUACAACUUCUUGCACUUUUAUAAAAGUGAUGAAUUUAUUUAAAAAUUAAAAAAAAUGUUGUGUAUGGUAAAUUUAUUUAAUUGUGAACUGAUAAUGAUGUAUUAAAAUAAAAUCAAACAAAAACUAGAAAUGAAUUGGAAGAGAAGAAAUUGUAAUAAAACAUACGCUUAAGGAUAUCUCCCCCUUUAUCUUUGCUUUUAUGUUCUUGCUUCAUAUUGAAUGAAUAAGACUCUUGUGAUAGUCUUCCAGUUGGGCUUUCUAAUCUGUGACUGGAGUAUCAGUAUUCUUUGUGAUACUUAAUGUGUAAACCGAUAUAUUUAUAAAUAUACAAGUAUUACAACAUACUUUUGAAUAUAUAUCAUUGUAAUUCUUUUGUAGCAAGAUAUAUUAUAUUACUUUGCAGUUAUUCACAAAAAGGGUAAUAAUCCACUUCUGUUUUAAACAUUUUUAAUUUUUAUCAUGAUUUACUUUUGUAUUUUAAAAAUUUGGCAGAAGAUGGAUUCCUUUGAUAUUAGUAUUUUUGACUGGUGCUAUUAUUUCAAAAUAAAUAAAUAAAUAAUAAUAAAAAUAUUUAUGAAAUCCAGGGAUUAGACAAAAUUAUCAAAAUGUGAAUUUGCAGUUGUAAUUGAUAUUUCUUUUUUGCAUUAACUGAUUAUAUUCAAAUUUCAGGGAUUAUCAGCAUUAGAAAAUAAAUAAAAACAUUUUUUAACUAUAAUACUCAAAAAAAAAUUUUAAUUUUAAAAUCAAAUUUAUUAAAAUAAAAGUUACUUUGCUUUCAGUUUUGUUCUAUUCUGUACAAAAAGGAGUGUUAUUAUGCCAUUUCAGUUCUUGUACUUGCCAUAAAAAAGUCUAACAUCAGCCUUAGACACAUAAUUUUGUUAUUAGUGAUAAUGAAGGUAAAAAAAAGUUCUAGCUAAAUGUUUUCAUUAAAAAAAUCAUUCUCAAUUUCAGUACUGAAUUAGUUCCUUCAAAAUAUUCUGUUAUAUUCUGUUAAUAAUAUAUUAUGUAAGGAAUUGUUACUUAGAUGAUUUUUAUACUUCAAUAUUCUGUUAAUAAUAUAUUAUGUAAGGAAUUGUUACUUAGAUGAUUUUUAUACUUCUUCAUUAUUCAUGGUAUAAAUUAUCUCAGAACUUUCACACAUCUGUUUUUAUUUAUUAACCUGACAAAUGAAUUCGAUUUAUGUAAUAUAAUAGUCCAAUUGUUAUAUUAUACAUCCUAUUAUGUAUAAUUUGAAUUAUCUGUUAAAUUUUUUUGGAUUCUAAACAUAUCUGUUUUAUAUUAAUUUGUAUAUGAUUCUUGUUAAUAUAUUGUAGCUAUUCGUAAUCAGAGUAAACUUAUUAUCGACUCAAAAGUUGCCAUUUUUUAAUGUCCCCAAAUUUUUUCUGAAGUAAUUUAGAACAAUGCUGUACUAUAUUCAUAUGAUAUUCUUAUUAUAUUAUGCAGCAUUCAGAGUGUCAACAAUUUGUUAAGAUUUCAUACAAUACUUAGCGCAAAUGGGAAUGAUUCUAAAUUGAGUUCAUAACAACAGAUUUUACUAUAAAAAAAUUGUGAGUAAAAAACAAAAAAGCAUUUACUUUUUUUUAGACAACUAAAAAAGAGUAAAAUAAGACAACAAUGUCAUUUAAUUGUGAUUUAUAUAUUUUAGAACACUGAUUUUAAAUUUCAGAAUCAUUUGUUGUAUAUCUUUCUCAUUCGAUUGAGUUGCAACAAAACUGGUUUAAUGUUUAUAAAUCUUGAAAUUUUUAAUAUAUUUUUAAAAAUUGUAAUUUAUUUAUAUUCUGUUGUUUAUUCGAAUUAAAUCUUUAUUUAUUCAACUGUAAUACUCAUAAUUUCAUAAUGGAUGUUUGCCAUGUAAUUUUGUGCCUUAUAUUUUUAGUGAUCAUGUUUUUUUAUUUCUGUUUUUCUUUUUCUCCAUUUGCUGUCUUUUUUUUGGGGGGGGGGUUGAAUUUUAUUGCAAUUAAAUUGAUUGUUAUUGAUUAUUGAUUGUUUUUUUAUUUACGCAAAAUUGCUUUAGUGGAUGGGGGGGUGACUAUUUUUUUAUCCCCUAACUUUUUAAAUAAAGCAAUGAAAGUUUAAAAAAUACUUCACAUAGAAUAUAUCUUGGAAAAAUUGAAUGUAAUAUUUAAUUAUAAUGAUUGAUAAAGAAACUAUUAUUGCUUUUUUCAAUAACAAAAUUUUCCAUGCCACUAAUAUUCUCUAUGUCUUUAAGAACAAGACAAAUUUCCUAUUGAAGAGUAUGCCAUCUAUAAUUUAAGAAGCUCUGAUUAAUGUUGAUUUAUUGUAAAACUUAAUAAUAGUAUUGUAUGAACCAAAUAUUGUACCUAAUAAAAGGAGUAUUCAAAAGCAGUCUGAAAAAUUUAGACAAAGAUUGAGAAAUAUUUGUAAUUAAAAGUAGUUACCUUAUAAUAACUUUUUUUUGUAAGUAUUUGUCCUAAAAAUAUAUUAAUAGGUUAUACUUUUUUUUUGUAUUCAGUGCAAUUAAUUCAUUGUUCUUUCAGUUAAUCUGAGUCUUGUGAUAAAUAUAUUUUGCUUUUUGUAUUGUCAAUAAAAGAUCUUGUAGACUAUUCUAUAAUAAUUGUGAAGUAAUGCUUUUUUAAUAUUUGAAAUUAUAUAUAAUAUUUCUUUACUAAAACAUUUAGACUUUUAGUGAUAUAAUUAUUGAAGACAAUUGCAGAUAAAUUGACCAAAUUUCCUUUUUUUUGUUCAGAUAUUAAAUACAGAAAAAGUUAAUUAGUUUUAUUAAAUUUUUUAAUAUGAAAGAAAUACUUUUUAAUAUUUUUCUUAAUUUGGGUACUAUUAUGAAAUUUAGUAGAAAAUAUUUUUACUUCUCUACAAUUUGUUUUCUAUUUUUAUUCCUAUUCAUAAAUUAUUAAUGUUAUUUGAUUUACAUAUUGAAAUUAUGUCAUCAUAGAUUUAAACUGAUAUUGCCGAAUUAAAAUUUCCUUUUAUCGUUAUGCAUUUUAAAAGAAUUAGAUAUCCAUGAAAUUAAUAAAAUGCUGUUUUUUUGUUUAUUGUUUUUUUUAAGUAUGCGGUGAAUUUUGAAUGUUUGUUACCUUAUUUGUAUGAAGUGAUAUUUUUUUAUCACUGUUCCUUUAGGGUGUAUUUUGUGAAUGUAAGAUAUUUUAUUUGAUAGUGAAUUCUUGUAGAUAUUGUAAAUGAAAGUCUGAGAAUUCUGUUUUCUCCCCCACAAGUAUUUGCUUUUUAUGAUUAGAAGUGACAUUUUUGGUGACUGUUAAAAUAUUAUUUGGAAAACUGUAUUUAAUUUAUUUGAAGCUAAAUAUUUUGUCAUUGACAGUUUUGGGAUUUACAUUUUCUUAUGUUUAGUUGCAAUUAUGAAUAAAGUUUUUUUGAAUAAAGUU